ACCGUUUCAUCGCAUAAAAAAUCACCCUAACCCAGCCUCUCUCUCCCCGUCGGCUUAAACCUCACCGUUCUCCAAAACCCUAACCCCCAAAGUCUCAGUCCCAAAGCUUCGAAGCUUAAAUCUCAGUACCAUUGGAAUCCAUGGCUCGUUUCAAUAAUAAGAGGAAGCCAUUUGUGAAACCAAUUGCGAAGAAGAAGCUGGCCACUGUGGACCAUAUCACAGGUGAUAAGAUCCCAAAGAGCUUUGUGUUUUCAAGAGGGAGGUUGCCUGGUCCUCUAAGGCAACUAAAAGCUGAUUUAAAACAGUUGAUGAAUCCCCAUACUGCUCUCAAUCUUAAGGAGAAGAGACGGAACACUCUCAAAGACUUUCUGAAUGUUGCUGGGCCUUAUGGGGUUACGCAUUUCCUCAUAUUGUCGAAAACUCCAACUGCACCCUACCUUAGGGUUGCCACAACUCCUCAAGGGCCCACUCUUACAUUUAAAAUAGAAGAGUACUCGCUUGCAGUUGACAUCAAACAUUCUCAAAAGCAUCCUAGAUGUCCGAAAGAUCUUUUCAAGAAUCCACCUAUGAGUAUUCUUUCUGGUUUUGGAAGUGGUGGUGGCCGCCACAAUGAUAAAGAACCUCCACAGUUGAAGCUCAUAUCUGCAGCAUUUCGGAAUCUCUUUCCAUCCAUUGAUGUUAACACUGUGAAACUGUCUUCCUGCCAGAGAAUAUUGUUGCUUCAUUACAACGAAGACACAAAACUAAUUGAUUUUCGGCAUUACUCUAUAAGAUUAGAGCCUGUUGGCGUCUCCCGCAGAAUAAGCAAAUUUGUUCAGAAGCAUCAAGUACCUGAUUUGAGGAAUCUUCAAGACGUGAGUGACUUUGUGACAAAGGCCGGUUAUGGAUCAGAAAGUGAAGGAGAUGAAGAAGCAGCAACAGUAACUUUGGCUAGUGAUCUAGGUAGGGUUAAUCGGGCUUCUUCAAAAAGUGCUAUCAAGCUCCAAGAGAUUGGACCCAGGAUGACUCUUCGCCUGAUUAAGGUUGAGAAUGGAUUGUGUCAAGGCGCAGUCCUGUUCAGUGAGUAUGGUGAUGGAAAUAAAAAGGAAGACAACCACGAAGACGCUGAAAAUGAGGAAGAUGGUGAUGAGGAGGAAGAUGAUGAAAAUGAUGAAGUUGAUAGUGAGGUCGGGGAAGAAGAUGAUGAGGAUAUGGAGGAAAACUAGCAACUUAACGAAGUUGAGUUGAGAUGAACUAGAUUGGAGGCGGUCAAAUCUUUUUUGUAUGAGGUCAGAUAUCCAUUUGUGAUAGCAAGGGCAGCCCUUUGUAGCUAUGUUUGUAACAGCAAUGACAUUAUAUUACCCGUUUUUGUUUUGUUCAAGUUGGAAAUUCUGUAGGUUGAGUUCAACAAUAUGAUCUUCAUUUAUAAUAUGGUUCCUUCUAAAACUA